AUGUUCAAUCAAAGCGGAGGAUUACAAAGUGGUACGUCGUCUACGGCGAAUCCAAUGCAGGAUUUUGAGGUUGUCUCACCUCCUGAUGACUCUAUCUCCAGUCUUGCGUUUAGUCCUGCAUCUAUUCCACAAAAUUUUCUUGUUGCUGGUUCAUGGGAUUGCAAUGUUCGUUGCUGGGAAGUCGAACAAUCCGGUAAAACAGUACCUAAAUCGAUGCAAUCUAUGGCAGCUCCAGUUCUCGAUGUUUGUUGGAGCGAUGAUGGAACAAAAGUAUUUAUGGCAUCUUGCGAUAAAACCGCGAAAUGUUGGGAUUUAGCUUCAAAUCAAAGUAUUCAAGUUGCGGCACACGAUGCGCCUAUUAAAACUUGUCAUUGGAUUAAAGCAAGCACAUAUUCAUGUCUUAUGACUGGUUCUUGGGAUAAGACAUUAAGAUUUUGGGAUCUACGAAGUCCUAAGCCAGCAAUGACUAUCAACUUAAUUGAAAGAUGUUAUUGUGCAGAUGUUGACUAUCCAAUGGCAGUAGUAGGGACUGCAGCACGUGGACUGAUAGUUUAUCAAUUGGAAGGCAGUCCUAGAGAGUAUAAAACAGUUGAACUAAGCCUAAAAUACCAAUAUCGAUGUGUAGCAAUUUUUAGAGAUAAGAAAAAAGUUCCCACUGGUUUUGCAAUUGGCAGUACAGAAGGUCGUGUAGCAAUACAUCAUCUAAAUUUAAGUUCAAAAGAAAACUUUACUUUCAAAUGCCACAGAACAAAUGGAACUCCUAAUGGAUACCAAGAUAUUUAUGCAGUAAAUGACAUCGCAUUUCAUCCAGUUCAUGGUACUGUUGCAACUGUUGGAGGUGAUGGCACUUUUGGAUUUUGGGACAAGGAUGCAAGAACUAAAUUAAAAUCUUCAGAUGCUAUGGAACAACCAAUUAUACGCUGUUGCUUUAAUCACAAUGGACAAAUAUUUGCAUAUGCAGUAUCAUAUGAUUGGUCAAAAGGUCAUGAGUAUUAUAAUCCCGCUAAGAAGAAUUCCAUAUUUCUUAGACCAUGCUUUGAAGAACUAAAACCUAAAGCGUCGCCGUAAAACCAGAGGAACAUCAUAUAAUCAGACUAAAAAGUUUCUGAAUUCUGUGAUGUGUUUAUAGGUUUUAUAAUUACAGAAUAUACUGUUUACAUUAAUA